UACAUUUUACUAUUAUUUCAAAAAAGGUACUGCAGUGUGAAUCUCGAUCACUUGGUGUCAGUGUAAUGACAAAUAAUGUUUUCACAUGUUUUCGUCAUAGCCACUAGACCCAUCCCCUUCUUCUAAAACCAUCACUGACAGAGCCAUUUACGUGCUCACGGCUUCCAUACAGAAUUUAGCUCUAAAAAGUCUAAUGCUGUGUUGGAGAAUGGUUGGAUUAUGGCAACGAAUGUGACGGAGGAAUUUUACGUUAGUGUACCAGUAUAGCCCUUUGAAAGCUGAUUUUAUUUCAAAUGUCCGAUCUUUACAUCAUGGAACAAAGACGACGCCAGUCAUGCAGAGAGCGGACAAAGUGGGUUGCCUAUAUCGUGAUGUUGUUUAUGUUUUGCACCAGAGCUUCAGGACAAUACCGUUAUUCAAUCUCCGAGGAAGUGAAAGAAGGAACAGUUGUUGGUAAUAUUGCUAAGGAUUUAGGUCUUGAUAAGACCACACUGAAAGAGAGAGGGUACCGUAUUGUCUACGGCACGACAGAGCCUCCUUUUCGAGUAAAUCGAGACGACGGGAUAUUGUAUGUGAAGCGAACAAUUGACAGAGAAGAAGUGUGCGACCGAAGCAAGGUUUGUGUAAUUGACUUAAAGACCGUGUUGGAAAACCCUCUGGAGGUCCACUAUGUAGCAGUGGAAAUCCUGGAUGUAAACGACCACGAACCAAGUUUCCCCGAAAAUGAAAAGAUAUUAGAGAUCCCUGAAUCUGCACUGCCAGGAGCAAGAUUUCAGCUGCAAGCUGCGCGUGAUGCUGAUAGUGGUUCAUUAUCCGUUCAGCAGUAUACCUUGAGUCAUAAUGAACAUUUUCGUUUGGAGGUGAAAGAUCGUGGUGAAGAUCGCAAAACUCCUAGUUUAAUUCUUCAAAAGCCACUUGAUCGAGAAUCUGUUCAGUCCCAUGUGUUACUCCUGACAGCCAUUGAUGGAGGUAAACCUCCACGAUCCGGUAACAUGACAAUAAUUGUUGAUGUCUUUGAUGUGAAUGAUAAUCCCCCAGUUUUCACUCAGGAUUCUUACACCGUGCAGCUAAAAGAAAAUUCUCCUGUUGGUACAACAGUUAUUCAAGUUAAUGCAACAGAUUUGGAUGACGGUUCAAAUGGUGAAGUCGUUUAUUCAUUUGGCAAUGAUGUGGAUGCACGGGCACGUGCACGUUUUGAUUUAAAUUCGGUGACUGGAGUACUUACUGUGGCAGGGUCGAUAGAUUUUGAAGAAUGUAGCAGAUACGAAAUUGACAUCCAGGCAUCCGACAAAGCUGCAGCUACACUUGCUACAGAGAAAAGCGUCAUUGUUCAUAUUGUUGAUGUAAACGACAACGCACCGGAGAUUGAAGUGACAUCUUUUUCACAUGCUCUUCCGGAAGAUUCAAAACCAGGAAUCACAGUGGCCUUGAUUAGUGUUAAAGAUUCGGACUCUGGUCUGAAUGGGCAAGUUAUGUGUUACAUAAACCGAGAGCUUCCAUUUACAAUCACGCCAUCUUUACAAAACAACAUGUAUUCUCUGGUAACCAAAUUGCGUUUGGAUAGAGAGCAGCAAUCGCAAUAUGUUGUAACAAUUGUUGCUAAAGAUGCAGGUGAACCAUCCUUAACAUCAGACAAAACAAUAAACAUUGUUGUGUCAGAUGUGAAUGAUAACAGGCCAGUGUUUUCACAGAACCCAUACACGUUUUACUUAACUGAGAACAACAACCCGGGAGCAUCUAUUUUAUCAGUGACAGCCCGCGAUCAUGACGAAGGUAGUAAUGCCCUUAUUUCAUAUCAUAUAUUAAGGGACAGAGGCGGAGAGCAUUUGCUUACAUCCUUUCUCAACAUAAACUCUGAAAACGGAGACAUUUUGGCGCUAAAAUGUUUCGACUUUGAAACUCUGAAAACGUUCCAGUUCCAAGUUGUUGCCUCCGAUUCUGGAACUCCGUCACUGAGCAGCAACGUCACAGUGAACGUGUUCAUUCUGGAUCAGAACGACAACGCUCCAGUCAUCCUGUAUCCAGUCAGCUCUAACGGUUCUGCUGAAGGUGUGGAGGAGAUUCCCCGCAAUGUGAACGCAGGACACUUGGUGACUAAAGUCAGAGCCUAUGACGCUGAUAUAGGAUAUAACGGCUGGUUACUCUUUUCACUG